AUGAUCAAUAUCUCCGUCGGAGUGAAUGGUGACACGAUGCUCGACGUGCGUCUCGACGACACCAUCCUUCUCCGUCUUAUUAUUCUGGAAUUUCCUUCCCCAGAUUCCAGAUUCUACUCUUACCUGCUCAGCCCAUCCUGGUGGUGCCGCGUUCUCGCCUCCUUGCGCUUCAUAAGUCAUUGUUCUCGUCUGUGUCUCCACAAUUCCAGUCGUGGUGUCACCUCCAUUCUGAUCGACGAGUGCUCCUGCACCUGCUCCAGACGGCGACGACGCCUUCUGUCCGAGCGGUGUCAGCUGUUCACGAGAUCUCUCGACGUCGACAACACCAACUGGCACUUGAUCACCAUCGACAAUGUAGUUUUGGAAGGAUUGCGUCUGGACGAUCCAACUCACGUAAUCUGUCGUCCAUUUUCGUCAGUAUACACUUCAACUUGUUCCGGAAGGUCGCUUGUCUCUUGCCACGUAGACACCGUUGUAUAG